AUGCCUCUCACAUCUCUACCUAAUGAAAUCCUCCAAACCAUCGCCGACAAUCUUGAAAACGAGAACGAAGUCAAUCAAUUCAUCCUCACAAGCCGAGGGUUAUACUCCCGCUUAAACGACUGGUUCUACCGCCGCAAUAUCCGGGAAGGAGGAUGGGCUCUCUUCCACGCAGCCUACAACGGCCGAGAAGACACCGCAAAGCGACUUCUCCGACUUGGGGCUGAUGCAAACGCUAAAGGCAGCCACCAUUCCUUCGCGGCUGUGAGGACGGUCUUGGGAGUCGCCGCAUGGAGCGAACAUUACGAGAUGGUCAAGUUGCUUCUCACGUAUGCAGCCGAUCCCAAUGAGCGCGACUCUAGAGGUCGAACGCCGAUAUUCUACGCUGCGCAGAAUGGAAAUGUCUCGAUUGUGGAGCUCUUGCUCAAGUGGGGAGCGGAUGUCAAUAUCUACGAUUUCAGUAAUCCUCCCGAGACUCCACUGGACAGCGCUUUGACGGCGGAAGAUAGUCAGGGCGUUGUGGCGCUUUUGCUGGAUGGGGGUGUUCAUGCGGGUAUUGUGGAGGGCUCGGCUCUUUGCAGACCGUAUUCUCCAUGGUCUGAAUCGUCUACAUCGUCUUUUGAGUAUUAA